AUGUUUGACUUGGCUACAGUCGCCUGGUUCGCGGUACUUGGUGCUUCUGGCGCCUCAGCAACCGCUCUUCCAGCCUUCAAUGUCAAUCCAAAUUCUAUCUCUGUCUCUGGUCUCUCCAGCGGUGGAUACAUGGCUGCUCAACUAGGAGUGGCAUACUCUGAUGUCUUCAACCUUGGAUUCGGUGUGUUUGCUGGCGGGCCCUAUGACUGCGCUCGUAACCAAUACUAUACUUCCUGCAUGUACAAUGCGAACCCAUCCAUCACUACUCCAAUCGCCAACAUGAACGCUUGGAGUGGAAACCAGAUCGCCAAAGUAGCCAAUCUUGAACAACGAAAGAUAUACAUGUGGGUUGGAUCUGCUGACACCACAGUCGGACCAAACGUCAUGAACCAGCUCAAGGUACAGCUAGCCAACUUUGACGAGGCUGCAAAUGUCUCGUACGUUACGACAAGUGGUGCAGCUCACACGUUUCCCACUGAUUUCAGCGGCUCUGGUGAUAAUGCUUGUAGCUCUGCCUCUUCCCCUUAUAUUAGCAACUGCAAUUAUGAUGGCGCUGGUGCCGCUCUUCAGUGGAUUUACGGGUCUCUAAAUGCUAAAAAUACAGGCACUUUGACUGGAUCAGUAGUCUCAUUUGACCAGUCCGGCAGCUUCGGAGCCAACGGUAUGGAUACUACAGGAUAUCUGUACGUGCCCCAGAGCUGUGCAAGCGGUGCCACUACUUGCUCUCUGCAUGUUGCCUUGCAUGGGUGUCUUCAGAGCUAUAGCUCAAUUGGCUCGAAGUUUGUACAGAACACAGGUUACAAUAAAUGGGCAGACACCAAUAACAUUAUCAUCUUGUACCCUCAAGCCAUUCCCGAUAAUACGAUCCACAGUAUCUGGUAUGGAGGCGUGCUCUCUAACCCAAAUGGUUGCUGGGAUUGGGUGGGUUGGUAUGGAAGCAAUGCUGACCAGAUUGGAGGCGUUCAAAUGGCUGCCAUUGUCAGCCAAGUCAAGCAGAUCGUUAGCGGGUUCAAGGGCACAAACACAACCCCUACUACCUCGUCCACGCCGGCAGGCUGCACUGCAUAA